CGCGCAUGCGCAGUUCAUUGUUUUGACUGAAAAUGCCGUCGGUUUCGAAAACGGCGGCCAAUGCGUCCCCUCAAACCGAGAAACCUACCCACUAUACAUACUUGAAGGAGUUCAGGACCGAGCAGUGCCCGUUGUUCCUCCAGCACAAGUGUACGCAGCACAGACCCUUUACGUGCUUUCAUUGGCAUUUUCUCAACCAGCGGCGAAGACGACCCAUUAGGAGACGGGACGGGACCUUUAACUACAGCCCCGACGUUUACUGCACAAAAUACGACGAGACCACAGGCAUUUGCCCCGAUGGCGAUGACUGCCCUUAUUUACACCGGACCACUGGUGACACAGAGCGAAAGUACCAUCUCCGCUACUACAAGACUGGCACUUGUAUCCAUGAGACGGACGCCCGAGGGCAUUGUGUGAAGAAUGGCCUCCACUGUGCUUUUGCUCACGGGCCACAUGAUCUCCGACCUCCAGUCUAUGAUAUCAGAGAGAUUCAAGCACAAGAGGCCCUUCAAAAUGGACAGUUGGGAUCAGGGGAAGGUAUUCCUGAUCUACAGCCGGGUGUGCUAGCCAGCCAAGCUAUGAUUGAGAAAACUCUCACAGAAGACCCUCGGUGGCAAGACACCAACUUCGUCCUAGCCAACUACAAAACAGAGCAAUGUACCAAGCCCCCAAGACUAUGCAGACAGGGCUACGCUUGCCCCCACUACCAUAACAGUAGAGAUCGAAGACGAAAUCCUAGGAAGUUCAAAUACAGGUCCACUCCCUGCCCUAAUGUGAAACACGGGGAUGAAUGGGGCGAGCCCUCAAAGUGUGACAGUGGAGACAGUUGCCAGUAUUGUCACUCUCGCACCGAACAGCAGUUUCAUCCGGAGAUCUACAAAUCAACCAAAUGUAAUGAUAUGCGACAAACUGGAUACUGUCCCAGAGGACCGUUUUGUGCAUUUGCACAUGUAGAAAGAAUUCCCUCGACAGAAGAGACCAUGAGCUCAUUGCUAACAGUGAUCCAGUCCAGUUCACAGUCCCAGCUGGGCUCUCAGCAGUAUUCAGAGUGUCCAGUCAGUGAGUGGAACAGUGGAGGCAACUCCACCACCAACACAAACAGUAGCAACGGACAAGUAGGAAGUGUUUCAUGUUCUAAUAGCACAACUGUAACCCCAAGCUCAGGAAGUGACACUUUGUUAUCCCCAGUGGGAUCCAUCUGCAGGCCCAAAUCCUUAACUAACAGUAGUUUAUGUUCAGAAUCCACCACAUCCAGUGCCUCAUCUCUGACGUCUAACUAUCCCAAAGCUCCGGGCUUUGAACGUGAGGAUCAGAUAAAGAAUAAGGGGCAAAUGGAUCAAAAAUUAAUGGACCAAGAAAAACAGACACAAAAUACUGUAUUCUCUGCGGGAAACCCUUUGGCAACAAGCUUUACCUCCAGUAUAACAUCAAGCUUGGCGUCUAGUAUCGGCUCAGAUAGUUCUUCACCCACCACCUUAUCAACUAUGAAUGCAAAAGCCACUCCUUUCUAUCCAGGGAGCAACACAGUGGAGUCUGUCAUAGGGUCUGCUCUGGACCUGAACUUCAGUGACAUCAAUGUUGCAUCUCUUGAUAAGGAGUUAGAGGAGCAAGACAACAGUGUCGGACUAGCAAGUCAAAGAAUGCUAGGUGGAUCCGCUCCUGUCAACAUUCCUGGCUCCUUGGCUCGAUCCUCUUCUUUUAACUCUUCGUCAUCGCUCUCCACCUCCCCACUCAGCUCCCUCUCCCAGUCUCUGUCGCAGUCACUGCUGUCUGGGACAGUAUCACAGCAAAAUCAACCUUCAAACAUGUUAGCCAAGCAAGAGCAUGGCCUCCUGGGAACACCCAACUCCUCUUCCCAGAAUUCUUUGGGUUUGAAUGGAGGAGCUAGUAACAUUUGGGACUUCGUAAGUGGCAGCUUUUCUCCGAGUCCAUCUCCAGUUUUCAGCAGCCUAACCUCGGCAACCAGCAGUGCUGAUCUGACCCGUCUUUUCAGAGAGCUGGAUGAGGCCAAGAGGAAGAUCAAACAAUGGGAGGAGGCCUGGCACCAAGUCAAACAGGCCUGCGAAGCUUGCCAGAAAGAAGCUCAUGAAGCAAAGGAACAAGCAAAAACGGCCGAGGCAGAGCGUCAGCUGGCAGAACAGAAAUGGGAGGAAACUGAUCGCAAGUUGAAAGAGCUCCAAGGGGACUUUGACGCCCUUUGUCGAACCCCUGGAACUCCUCUGCUACGUAGCUACGGAGAGCUGGAGCAGCUCCCUUUGUCAAAGCUUCACUCCAUCCAGAGUCAGCUGCGUAAUGACCUAGACCUUAUAGAAGGGGUAAUAUAUAUGCUUCAGUCAAAGAAAUGUAUAGUUUGCCAAAAGCAUGAUCGUUGCAUUGUCCUGCAGCCUUGCCAACAUUAUGUACUAUGUGAGAACUGUGCACCUAGUAAAACCGAAUGUCCCUACUGUAGAACGAAAAUAUUGAAGUGGUGAUGUAGAAUUACUCAAGGUACUAUUUAAAGAUUUAGCCCUUUGAAAACUACUAAUAGAUAUUACAAUUUCUAAAUAGCAAUGUCUGUUUAAUACAGUAAUUAAAUAAAUUUAGAAUAAACUGAUGCUUGACUGACAAAGCAAGUAGUAAUGAAAAUUAGAUUAUGCACAGUUGUUUAAAUUAUUGUAGUUUUUGCUCAUUUUAUGUGAACAUCACCUUGGUCUUUCAGUCUGAAAAACAGUGUAUUACAGCUAGAAUUUUUUCAGUGUGGUCAAAUGCUUAAUCAUGUUUGGCAACUUAAAACGGAGAUUCUGUUUACACUUAAUCAAGAUCACAUUUUGACUAAAUGCGUAAUGCAGCUGAUUUUACCCAAACAAAAAAUGCAAAUAUGCAUUGCAAAACUGUCAAAUUAUGCAUAUCUUUUGAUAAGAAAAAGACACAAAUAGCACCAAAAAAGAAUGAACGUGUGGUUGUUUAUACAAACAGAUCCCUGAAAAGGAGUUUGUAUUUCGAUCCCUUUGUUUUGCUGUUUAUACAGCAGCAAUACUUCACUGCCCUUAGAAGAUAAUAUGGUCCCUUGAAACUUUUUCUACAUUUCUAAAAGCACUUAAAUCCAUGUACAGCAAAUUUAAGGGUAUGUUCUACCAACUUUUCACAGAUUACAUUGGGAUUAUAUUUAAGGAUAGUAGAAAAGUCACAGUGAAUGUGUUACUCCAGAUUAGCAUAUUGGAAAACAUAAAACCUAAACUCUUGGACUUUAAUAGAUUACAACAAAAAGUAAGGAAAUUCGUUUUUGGUAGUUUUUUUCUUUGUUGUAGCAAUGCUUCUUGGCAAUAAAUAAAUCUUAUACUGUUGGAAAGCCUGUUUGUUUCCCUUUUAAUGGUACCACAUUGUUAAGGAACAUACAUUUGUGGGAUGAGCAGCAGAGCUGAAUAUGUGGGUUGUACCGUGAAAAAUUUUCCAAAUCUCCUCUUUCAGUGCCACACAGCUUAUUUUGCUGUUGUCACUGAUUCUUGUUUUGAGCUUCUAGUACUCCGAGGUACUGAAAAUCUUUUGGUCAGGGAUGAGUUCAAAUUCUGCGUACAGCAGUUGAAUCGUAGGGUCAAAGUGUGGAGAAGACGCGUAGGAUGCUAUGCUGAUUGCUGCACCAAUAGAGUAACAUAUUUUGAUGGAGGCCGUGUGAUGGUGUGGGGCGGCAUCUCCCUCACUGGAACAACAAGGCUUGUCAUCAUUGGAGGCAAUCUCAAUGCAGAGAGAUAUACAGAUGAGAUUCUGCAAGUAGUGGUAAUCCCAUAUCUCUACAGUGUGCUUUCAAGGUGCAACAUCAUCUCCUUCACUGUUUCUUUAUUCACUGUGAUGCUGACUCUCCUGCCAGCCCAGAUACCCAGCUCAUAGACAGUCAGGAUUGACAGGUUUGCUCCCAUAGGAAGCUGAGCAGCUUGCAGGCUGAUCUCCAAGGUAACGCCUCUUAUGACCUCAACAUGGUGUGGGAAUUGGCCUGGUUGGAGCAGUGGGGCUUCUGGGAGCUCAAGAUCAAAAUCAGACAUAAGGACCACAAUCAGCCAGGACAUGGCUGUCCCUGACACCAACAUAGACGAAGAAAAAGGGAAAGCCUCCCAGAUGUCUUGUUUCUUCAGACUCCAGGAAACAACACCAAACAAGAGUCAAUGGCAGAAUACGCUGUUUGGCAUUGGCAGAGAAGAUUUGGCAGCUUUUUCCGAGGUGCAACCCUCAUACUCAUUUUGUUCACCCCACAAAUAAAUAUUCCUUACAAAUAUGGCACCAUUAAAAGGGAAAUAAACAGGCUUUCCAACAGUAUAAGACUUAAUGUCAGGAUAAAUGAAGAAACAAUCUACCAAACACAAAUGUCCUUACUUCUUGAGUUAAGUUUAUUUUGAUAUUCAACAAUAUUAUAUCUUAACUCAAAAGACAGAAUCACCAGUUUUUAAAUCACACACUAAACCUGUCUAAUCUUUAUACAGAAUGUCUUCAAGUAUUUUUUUAUUUUAUUUCCAGUAAUUCUUAUGUGGUUUGAUAAGCAUAGUAGUAGAAUCAUCAAGCAGACUUUGUAGCCUUUUUAUCUUCAAACUGGAAUUAAAAAUCCCCAAAUUGUGAUAAAAACCAACAUAACUACAAAAAAAAGUGGAGUUUCAUAUUUUGCCAUAUUGCCAUGGUUCAGUCUGGAGUAGAAAGAAUUCACUGUUUAAAUGUUAGAAAGGCCAGAUUAGUCUCACUGAACCAGUCUCGUUGUGUUACACAUGAAAUGAGCAACACCCUGAGUGGACUUUUUCUUUACUUGUGAGGAAAACAUUGAAAUGAAAAAAUAACUUAGAAGCAAAUAAGAUGUAUUCUUGUAACCUUACAAGUAUAUAAUUCCCCCUCCUUUAAAUAAUAUGCAGCGUCUAGCUGAGUCUUGUUAAACAGGCUGCUGCCUACUGUUACAAAAAGCACUUAAACAUCUAAAGCUGCAUACCCUGAUGUGUACAAACAUAACACUACAAUGGGAAAUGGCUCCCUUCAACAAAACUCCUGUCUAAAGAAGAAAGUUCAGAAGUAGCCUUGUAAAAUAUUUCAGAUGUGAUGAGGUAAACGUAGUGAAGCAAACAAGUAAAUUGCAGUAAAAUGCAACAUUUUACUGUGUUCCUCUCUAAGAAAAGUCUUUACUAAAACCUUAAAUUCAAAAUUUUUCAAUUGCAGUCAAGCAUCGUUAUUUUGACUAACUUUCUGAAGAAUUUAGAUUUCUAACUAAAGCACUUUGUUGACUUGGACUUUAUUAAAGGGUAUAUAGACAUUUGCUUUAAGCUGCUUUGUAGGUAUUCUUUUGUGUCUUUUUUAGAUUUAUAAUUUUUUUCUAUAUAAGCUAAUAUCUGAAGCUUUUGUGUCUACUGUGAAACAUUGUUUGAAUAUUUCAUGUUUCCUAUUGUUAAAUCAUGGCAUGGUUCUACAUAUUCAUAAGAUUUAAUAGAAAAGUACUUAAUAGUUUCUACUUUCAUAGUUAGAUUUAUAAAAAUUCAAUCAAAUAAGUGCUAACUAAAAAUGCAUUUUAGGCAUAACCAGCAGCUGUAAUAUCAGUAAGGCACAUGCUACAUUUUAAGGCAGUUAUUCAAUCAGUUAGUUUUGUUUUGUAGAGAUUUAUAUAGCCUAGCCAUUAGAGAAGCAUGUAUUGUAUUUGCUUAAAGCCUGAACUGGUGAUUUUUGUAGGAAUCUAGCCUCUUGACUUUGUCGAGAACAUAUCGGCCUCUAACUCUAAAGUGCCUUGCCUUCAUUGAAAAGCUCACGUGUAGAGUUGUCUGAGCAAACACAAGUAGUUGAAGCUUGUGCACAGGUUUCUGCAGAACGUGUCUUUCAACUUUGCAGAAGCAUUGACAUGUUUAUGACUAUUUGUAUGUACAUAUAUAUACACAUAUAUAUAUAUAUAUAUAUAGAUAAUUAAUGGCCAGUAUAUUUGGCCCAAUCCCAUGAGUAUUUCUGCUGAAGAUAGUUGUAAACAAACAUUGUCAGUGCCUGUGUCUUGACUUCAAACUUAGAAUCAAUCCCUCCCCUCUCCCCUUUUAAACAGCCACCCACUCAUUCCUCAGUCGUGGUGCUCUUUUGGUGCAGCUUCAGUCUUUAAAAUUAGUUUUUUCAAUUAAAUGGUUGGGAGUAUGCAAACAUAGGACACAUGAAUUUGUAUAGCAACGUAUAUAAUAGCUUUUUAAACAUUUCAGUUAAUUAGUUUUAUUGUGAUAAAUCUGCAGUGAAUGAAGAAUUCAUUUGUUAACUUGUAAGUCAGAUUUUGCGUAGGGUUUGUGCUUUGGUUCGUCUAAUUGAAAUGACCUUCUACUGUGUUGAAAAAUCUUUUUAUUCUUGCUUUAAAAUUCUAUAGAGAAUCAUGUAUCUCCAGGUACACCUUUUUGCUACUUAUAAAUAUGGGGAAAUGCAUUGUUUACAUUCACAUACAUGACAACUAAACAACUCAGAGGAAAAUAUCAAGGUAAUUAAUGGUAUUUUAGCAUUUUCAUGAUUAUAAUACAGCAUAAAAGGCAGGCUACACACUUCUGGUAUUGCAUGUUAUUGCGAUAUAUAAACCAGCUUACAAAAGAGAAAAAAAAAAGAAAAAAAGUUCGCACUGUGUGUCACUGCCAGAAUAUUCGUAUUGAGUUCUAUUUAGUGUAGUAAAGGCUAAUAAAUUCUGCAAGCUUCGCUGCUACUGGAUAAAGGUAUUAAUGUAGUUUCUUGUUAAACAUUUAGAUGUUUGAAUGUUGUGCAUCCACAGCUCAGAUUUCAGAAACAUUUGUAUCUAAUUUGACAAAUCUUUAUUUGAUUGAAUUCUUCAUUUGUAAAUCCAUUUAAGUCAAAGUUUGAGUUCUUUUGUAAACCACUUAGAAUGAUGUCACAGACCUGUACUGCUGUAGAUUGUCCCUGUUUUUUUUAAAUUGAAGUUAAAUGUAUUUGUGUUGGACUUUCCCCCCUUAUACACUGGAUAACAGUGUAGAGUGCAGCUAAUUUCACAGGAUCUUUUGGUAUAUUUUGUUUUGCCUGUGAAGCCAGUUAAAUGAAUGAUGUCUAGUGUGAUAAUCUAAAAAAAUGAACCAAAGUGGUGUUCCUAUUGUGUCCAGAAAUGUAUUGUAAAGGGAAAAUUUACCCUUAAAGAGAAUUUAAAUAAUAGUAUAGGACUGAUCAGCCUGUACGUGUGAACUGAGUGUUUCAAGAUAAAAAUGUUCGCUCUGAGCAAAGUCCGAAGGAGUUUUGUUUUGAUAUUUCCUUCAGUGGGACACACAGAUUGUCCUCUUAGUGAGUAAACAACAGGACUAUGCCAACAGCUUACAUUAAUGGACUAGAGCCCAUUUUUUGCAGUUUUACCAAAGACCUGUACUGUUGUUAUUUGUUUUGUACUACAUUUCAUCCUUUGUUUGAUUUCAGUAUGAAUCUAAAAUGAUUUAAAAAGUAAUCACCUAGUACCUUAAAUAGUUAUUGUUCAUUAACAGUAAUUAACAGUAAUUAGCAUCUUUUUUAAUCUAAAGUUAGCUAUAGUGAGUUGAUACACAAAUGAUCAAAAAUGCAUGGGUCAGAUCCUUAAAAAAUGUGUAUUUGUAUAAUUGAUUUUGUGUUAAGUAUACAUUGACGUUUAUGGCAGGUUUGUGCAAUACUGGCUAGCACAUGCUGACCUUAAGCGAGGAUUCAGUGUCGGUUUAAAUGUUGUCUACAGUGAAGGAAUGUCAAAGGUGAUGACAUUUGUGCUUCUGAAGUGGCCAUAUAAACUUCACUACAGCUGUGUUUUGAAGUUGACUUUUGUUUGUUGAUUUAGCUUAACUACAUAAUCUCAAUCACUUUGGAAAUUGAUGGUUAUGCAUUACAUGCUGUUCUGAUCAGCCUACAGUGACUGUAAGGUGCUUUCUUUCUAUCUGAUUCUGUUUUUUUCCUUUAAAGCCGUGGUCCAAAUUAGUUUUUUUUUUUUUGUAAAAUUACAGGGGACAGAUGAUGAUUGUGACAAACAUUAAUGGCAGAUACAGACAUAAUUAAAACUAUUAUUUGUUGUCGGCCCUUAGUCUUUCUAUUGGUGUACUUGCUCUGAUUCAAGAUUUUAAAAAAUAAACAUUCACAUGGUAAGCACAGCUCUUCUUUCUUUUCAUUUAAUUUGUGACAUUUCUAAUGGACCAAUUUUAUCCUCAAGUCAAUCUGUGCCUUGAAUACAUCAUGUUGAUUGGUAACAAAAGGAUAUGCCUCAGAGACAGAUGACAAAAUAUAAUCAACUAAAUUAAAAUCAAAAUUCCAGUGCCUUAAAAGUGUUUUUAUGGACCCCAAUGUGAUUCCUAAAUACCCGGGCCACUUGAGCAGAAAGGAAAAAAAAGAAAUGAGAUUUUCUUUAUUAGUCCCCAAGGAUGAAGUGAAGGUUGUAGAUGACUGAUAAUUGCCUGUCUCAGUCUGUAUUUGCCAUUCUAUACUGAAAAAAACAGCAAUAUUGAAAUAAUUUUGAUCUCAAUUUGCCAUUUGGCACCAAAAACCUUUGUUUUUGUGAGGAAAAAAAGCACCAAAUGGGAAGAAUCUUGUAAAUGAACUGUAGUAGAUGUAUCAUUAUGCUCUGCGUUGAAAUAGGUUAAUCUAUUUUGCAUUACUGUUAGUUGUUGUGUUGUCUUUCUGUUUUUAAUAUAAUGAAAAUGGAGCCUGAAGAUUUAUGCAAUCUUGUACAUGUAUAUGAGUAUGAUAUAUGGAGCUGUUCAAAUUAAGUAAAGUUCUAGUACAACAAGUGUUGUCUAAAGUAAAUAAUCUGAAUGUGGAACCAGAUGUUCCAUAGACUUUAGAAAUUUUCAGUAGAAAUGUUAUUUUAACAUUGAAGCCCUGAAAUAUUGAAUGUAUUGUUCUAAAUUAGAUAUUCAAUGAAUAGGUCACUGGAUAUUAUGGAGCGCAGUUAAUUCAUCAUGAUGUAGCAUCUAGUUGUAAACUGCUAUUCAAUAAAAUUUUUUAGAACUUAAACAAAUACAAGUUUUCAAGUUUCUAUUUGUCAGCCUAAUGUGGAUAUAUAAGGAGGAAAUGUGUUUUUCUCAGGGUAAUACAGUGAGUUCAUAGAGAAUGUGUUAAAUCUGAGGAAACACCAUUUCAGCAAUUUAUUUACUAAAUGUCAGUGGGUUUAGAUAUUAUUUAUAGAACAAAAAAUAUGUCCCAUAUUUUGAGACAAGCUGUAUCGCUAUGUAGGAAACUUGGUAUAUUGAUAUUUCUUUGUGUUGUGAACACAAAAAUAGGUGCAAGUCCUAGAGUUUUAGGUUUUUCUUUUCUACAUUGAGGAUUGUGUACUGCAUAUUUUCUGUAGUGUAUUACUAGUUUGCUAACACUUGUUAAAUUGUUACACUACAGUUAUGCAAUGGUUUACAGAGUUCACAAAAUUAUUUUUAUCAUCUUGAGAAUUAAAAUAAUUUUUCAUCUGAAA